AUGAGUAAUUUAGAAGGUUCUUGUGAAGUUAAAAUGAAUCUAAUCAUUUUAACUCCAGAAUUAGGUGAUAUUAGUAUUACUGAUAUACAGAAAACUGAUGAAGAAGUAUCAUUAAAUUCAGAAAAAAAAUCAAACAGUCCAAACUUACUUCCAGUUCGUGCACCAAGUCUUGUUUGGCAGUAUUAUAAAAAGGUAAUUGAUGAUAAAGGUGUUGUAUUAUAUGUAAAAUGCAAUUUUUGUGAUCAGAAAUAUAGUGCAAAGACUUCUACAGGAACUUUUAAUGAUCAUUUCAAAAGAAAACAUUCUAAGAUUCAACCUAAAGGAGCAGGUUCCAUAGAAGCAGCAUUCAAUAAUUCUCAAACACGUACAACAUUGCAAGGAAAAAAUCAUUUAGAUAUUUUAGAUAAUCUUAUUAAUUGGGUAAUUAUGAAAUGUCAAGCAUUUAGAGUUGUGGAUAGUCCUUCUUUUAAAGAAUUGAUCGCUAGUCUCAAUCCUGAAUUUCAAGUUCCUUCACAAUAA